GCUUUAAGCGGUGUAUUUAUCAGGGAACCGGAAGUGUAACAGGUGCUUGCUUGACAACAAGACGCCGUUGCAACAUGGAAGGACUUCGUGGUAUGAAUGACCUCAAAUGACAGGAGAUCAGAGACGUCAAUAUUUUCUAUCAGCAUGAAAAGCCAGGACACAGAGAUGGAACAGGAUCCCUUCCUGUGUACAUGUGGACCUUGCAAGAAGUUCUGGCAGGACUCCUUCCAUGGCGUGUCCUCAUCCUUGACCUUUGCCCCCCAGUGUCGGGCGGCAGGGUCAUCAUUCGCUUCUCAUGGUCUCCUUCGUUAUGGUGACCGUGUCAUAGUGAAGGGGAAGCAUACUGGUGCUGUGCGCUAUGUGGGGUAUGUGGAUGACCGCCUCAUAGCUCCACGUUUGUAUGUUGGCGUCAAGCUGGAUGACAAUGUCAACUCUAUUCACAAUGGUAUGUACAAGGGCAAGAGAUACUUCACCUGUCCACUGGGUCAUGGUGCAAUGGUCAAGCUGUCAGAUAUCCGUCCCCUCCCCCUCGCCUCCCCUCGCCCCCUGGUCAAGGGCAACACCAUGUUCCCCAGCUUCAAGGAGGUGUGCCAGAGAAGGAAGGAAAGAGAAGAAAGGCUUGCAAACCUGUAUUCAGAAGCUCAACCAUCCAAGUCUUACUCAGGACGGGCUGCACUGAAACCACCUUCCAUCACACCACGCCUUACAAAAACUUCUAACCUUCGCAUGUCCUCCGCACCACCCAUCUUCUCAACUGGAGACCCACAUGAUGUUGCUCUCAAGGAUGAGAAACGGAAGAUGGAGAGACAGCAGCUUAACCUGCUGGAGGCCACCUUGGUGAGUCCCGAGGAGCAGCAGAUGAGACGGUGGCAGCAGCUGUUCGGGGGACAGAAGGAUGGCCACAAGAUGGCCUCUACUCUACAGAAGCUUCACCAGGCAUAUGAGAAGGGCCUACACAUUUCCAGAAGAAAAUCCUCUACCACCAGCUCAGACUCAUAAUCCUGUUUUCCUUUACCAGACUUUCAAUCUUUAAAAUGUUGAAUUAUGCUGAGUGAAAAAAUAUGAAAUGUAUAGCAGAAUAUUUUCCAUACUGCAUUCAACAGAAAUGUCCCAAAGUACAACACCAAUGUGACAGUAGUGUUGCCACAAAGCAAGUAAAGCUCAGAUCAUGUAAAGGGCACAUGCCAGAUAUAUGAUUUCCCUUAUCAUGGUUCCAGCUGCAUAAUAAGUGUUGGAAGGCCUGUCAUACAGGGUACUAGUAUUUGGUUUUCGAAAAGUGCCUUGGUGAUUUACAAGAAUUCAUCUCACCUAACCAUGCUAACUGUCUAGACAGCUGAAUGGUGUAUGGGAUUCUGCUUAAGAAAUAUCAAUCUCAUUAAAUUUAGAUCUUAGUUCUCGCAACAGCUGAACCAAGAUCUGAGGACAUCCCAUUACAGGUCAAGUCAGAAUGUCGCAAACUUUGACUGACCAAUGAAAUGACUAACAAGAAGUCAACAUUAGCCAUCAGAAAGCAGUUUUCUCAAGCUUUACAGUGCUUGUAUCAAACUGGCAACUUCCAUUCAGGACAACGCUUUGAAAAAUAUUGAAAACUUUUGAAAAUUUGAAAACUGAACAAAACAAAUUCUGGAAUGUCAAAUACUGGUAUAUAGAUGAUAUUGUAUGGCAGUACUUCCCACAGGUGAUGGAAAGUCUUUUCCGUUUCAAAUCUGUAUCCCAUUAAAGUCCGAGAUACACAUACAGCCGUAACUGUCAUUCGGAAUACCCUGUGUUAAUAUUUUCGAGGUUGCAUGAUAAGAAAACACAUUCUGAUUGUCACUCUCCCGAUCUGGAAAGCAACGCUCUGAUUGGCCAGAUGAAAGGUCGUUCUGAUGUGACCCGUAAUGGGAUGUCCUCAAAUGUUUGUUUAUAGGUAGCGAAAACUAUAAGAUUUGAUUUUUAAUGAAAUUGAAGAAAUGUGUUGUUUUGAUUAAUUAUGGUUUAAGAUCAUAGCAAUUAAUAAGGUCAUAGUUAUUCAUUAUUGAAGUUUUGUUUGUUUCCUGGCAUAAUUGUAUUUGUUGUGCCUGUUCAGACAUACUGGUACAUGUUGAGAUGAAGUUCAUUUGUGCUGUGUUCUUUUAUCUGUCUCUGAUAUGAAUGUAUUGCUGCCACUUAUAAUUAUUUCAUAUUUAGUCAUCACACCUUUUGAAAAUAACAUAAAAUUUUAUCACAUGUUUGAUGCUUUCAUCACAAGUCACACUUCAUUAAUCAAACAGAAACACAGUGUUGCAUUUCCGAGAGAAUUGUUACUAUUUGUACUUCUUUUGCAGUAAAGGUUUUCUAGUUUGUUAUGUAUUGUCAGUAGCUUUGUAAAGCAUGUUCUAUCCCUGGUCAAACUGGGGACUGACCAGUUAUGUAUAUAUUCCCCACUGUAAUGUAACUUCUGUGUUUGUGUACAUAUACAUAUAUGUUUGCGUUUUAAUCACCAAAUUUUCUAAAAUACUAAAUAUUUAAUCAGGACAUGGAUGAUUCAGUCGUGUUUUGUUUCUGCAGAAUCUACGGUCUUCCCAGGAUUAGCUCAGGUUUUCUGGUUUGAAAUACUUGCUGCCAAGAAACUUUCAAUAUGUAUAGUUACAAGCAUAAAGCUUUAAGUUGAGAAUGUUUUAAGUGUGUGAUAAUCUAUCGGUACCCAAAUCCAGUUCACAGUAAGUUUAUCUCCAUUCUACAUAUAAUAUGAUGCCGCCUUAAACUUUUUUCGUAACAGUGGCUUUUCAUCCUGUACUAUAUCCCAGACAUGUUGCUUGAUGUGUUUUGAAUAAUAAAUAGAUGUGGGCAUUUAACAGUACCGCAACCAUUCAAAGGUACCUCGGUGAGAUAGACCCGUCUGAUAUUCACCAAUGUGUCUUCUUCCGGAUUCUCUUUUAAUAAACAGGUAUGCUCAAUUAUUUAAUUUUAAAAGUUGUCUAUUACAAUGUAUAUGUAGUGAGAACACAUUGAUCGAUUUAGAUCUUACAAUAGUUUAGGAGACAAUGAUUGUCACUAUUGAAUAUUGAUUGGUCUGUCCAUAAUGGAAGAAUACCUUAAAAGUAUUAAUGAUCUGCGAAUGUAUGCCUUGUGUGAACUAUCCUGGUUUAUGCCAGGCAGGUCAUGCACUGUGUUGUGCAGGUUUUAUUUAUUAAUAACAAUAAAAAUGUUUGAUGUUGUCGA